AUUUUGAAGAAGCUAAAGUUGUAGCAUCAGCGAUUACGCCCGUGCCUGGAGGAGUUGGACCAAUGACAGUGGCUAUGCUUAUGCAAAACACCGUACGAUCGGCUUUCACUGCUGCUGAAAAUCUCUUACAAAAAGCAUGGGAUUUAGCUCCUUUGACUUUAAAACUUAUCAAGCCUGUACCUAGUGAUAUCGUUAUAGCCCGUUCUCAAACUCCAAAGGAUAUCUCACUUUUAGCACAAGAAAUUGGUUUGAUAGGUAAUGAGGUAUCACAGUAUGGUAAUAAAAAGGCAAAAAUUUCUCUAAGUGCCAUCGACCGAUUAAGGCCGAGAGGUAACGGUUCUUAUGUUGUAGUAUGCGGUAUUACUCCGACUCCCUUGGGCGAGGGUAAGAGCACUACUCUAAUAGGUUUAGUGCAAGCUUUAGGUGCUCAUCUUCACCGUAAUGCCAUGGCUUGUUUGCGUCAACCUUCUCAGGGUCCCACUUUUGGAAUUAAAGGUGGCGCUGCUGGUGGCGGUUACGCCCAGGUUAUACCUAUGGAAGAUUUUAAUCUGCAUUUAACCGGUGAUAUACAGGCUGUUACAGCCGCGAACAAUCUCUUGGCCGCUCAAUUGGAUACACGCAUAUUCCACGAGAGUACACAAGAGGAUAAGCCUUUAUACGAGCGUUUAGUACCGAAAAUUAAGGGUGAAAGAAAGUUUUCUAAAAUACAAUUCCGGCGCCUGCAACGUUUAGGUAUUAAUAAAACCGACCCCGAUAGUUUGACUAAUGAAGAGAUUACUCGUUUUGCUCGCUUGGAUAUCGAUCCAGAUACA